CAUCUCCUUUAUCUCACGUCCUUGUCUUUAUCUGUCGUGCUUGUUCUUCCACUUCUUCUUAAACAUGAUCAGAAUACCCUCCACAGAUAUUCCUGAAAACUCCUACUCGCUCGUAUUUCUUCAUGGUCUUGGUGACGAGGGAAAUGGUUGGACAUUUCUCAAAAACUCCUUCUACGCUCACAAUAUAACAAACAUCAACUUCAUAUUUCCUGAUGCUCCUCAGUCUCCCCUAUCUCUAAAUUUCGACUUGGACAUAACUUCUUGGUACGACUUGAAGUCAAUCGAAAACGUGUUUUUUGAUGAAGACGUAAAUGGCAUACUAAACUCCAUUAACUUUUUAAUAUCGUUGAUCAACUCAGAGAUUCGAAACUUCAACGUCAAACCUGAAAAUAUCUUUAUCGGUGGCUUCUCUCAGGGCUGCGCUUUAAGCAUCUUAACUAACUUGUUAUUAAAUUUCAAAAUUGGUGGAGUCAUCGCUCUUAGUGGUUACAUCCCAAUUAUCAACACCAUAUGGGACAUCCUUGAAAUUAAAAGAAUAAAAUUUUUAAAUUAUUUGAAAAAUUACCAAUUGAAUUUAAAUUUGCAACAACAUUUAUUCAGUAACACUACCAGUGCUAAUAACCCCAUUAAUACUAAUAACAAUACUACUACUCCUACUCCUACUCCUACUGAUACUAAUACUCCUGCUAAUGCUCCUACUCUUACUAAUAACAUUAACAAUAAUAAUGACUCUACCUCUUUUGACUCAAAUGACAUAAACACUUACCCGUUCAUGGAAUCAGAUCAACAAAUCAAAUCAAUUCUUAAAAAUUAUUCAAAUCGCUUUAAUUUAAACAAUAACCAAUUAUUCCAACUUUUAAGUAUCCCCAUCAAAAGACCCUUUGAUUAUGCUCUUCCUUCAUCCGAUGAAUCAAAUAACAGCAACAAAAAUAAUUCAAAUAAUCCUCAUUUACUAAAUUUACUCAUUCAAAAUUUUAAUACUCCUAUUUUUUUAGCUCAUGGUAAAAAGGAUAAUGCAAUCAAAUUCAAAUUAUCAAAACGUUCUAAUUUUAUAUUAAAAGAAGACUUUAAAUUACCAAUUGUAAAUUACUCAGUUUAUAAAAACCUAAACCAUAGUGCCAACGAUCAAGAAAUUAACGAUAUUAUUCAAUUUGUUAAAUUAUUAACAACUAAUCAAUGACAUUAACAACUAAUCAAUGAUAAAAAAAAAAAAGCAACUAAAGACUAAAAAAUUCACAUUUUCACAUUUUACUUUAAUUUACUCAUUUCAUUAAUCUUUUAUCCGGUUGUUUUUAAGUUAGAUUAUUAUUUUCAUUGUUUUUCAUUGUU